AUGAAAAUUAUUCCAAUUAGUGUCCUCAAAGAUAAUUAUUCUUAUAUUCUUAUUGAUGACAAAUCAAAAGAGGCAGCUGUUAUUGACCCAGUUGAACCUAUUAAAAUAUUGAAUGUCAUUAGUCAAACAGGGUCCAAGUUAACAAGCGUCUUUACAACACAUCAUCAUUGGGAUCAUGCAGGUGGAAAUAUUGAACUAAUAGCCAAAAAGCCUGGAUUAGCAGUUUAUGGUGCAGAUGCACGUAUACCAGAAAUUAAUUAUGUUUGCAAAGAUCAUGAAGAAUUUAAAUUGGGUUCCUUAACAAUUACACCACUUCAUACACCGUGUCACACAAAGGGUCAUGUUUGUUAUUAUGUUGUAGAUCCUACUACAGGUGAAAAAGCAGUAUUUACUGGCGACACUCUAUUUAUUGGAGGUGUAGGUAAAUUCUUUGAAGGGGAUGCUAGAGACAUGUAUAGAAUUUUGUUUCAUGUACUUUUGAAAUUACCUGAUGAAACAUGGGUUUACUGUGGACAUGAAUAUACAAAAAAUAAUUUAAAGUUUGCAUUGACUGUUGAGCCUCAUAAUGAAGCGCUUAUUGGAAAAUGGAAUUGGUGCCAAGAUAAACUGAUUACAGUACCUUCAACUAUUGGACAAGAAAAGAUGUAUAAUCCUUUCCUUAGAGUUAAUGAACAUUCAUUACAAAUUGUAGCAGGAAAAUCAGAUCCUGUUGAAGUAUUACAUACUUUAAGAGAAAUGAAAAAUAAUUUUUAA